CUCAGCACGCUCCAUUGUUCCAUCAAACCGUUUGUUCGCUUGGUUUCCUACACACAAACAAAACUUUCCUGCCAUCCUGGGCAAUAUUGGGCUCCUCUGUGCUUUGGCAACCCGAAAUAUUGGAAUCUCUGACUUUUUCUUGGGAAAAAUAAGAUAAAGUCAGUGCUUUUUGGCAGGAUGUACAGCUUCAUGGGAGGUGGGUUGUUCUGUGCUGGAGUUGGGAACAUACUCCUCAUUGUCUCCACGGCAACGGACUACUGGAUGCAGUAUCGUCACUCCAGCAAUUACAUGCACCAGGGCCUCUGGCGGUACUGUGUGCCCGGGAAAUGCAUGACACACACAGACAGCAUUGCGUAUUGGGAUGCCACUCGAGCCUUCAUGAUUCUGUCCCUGCUGGCUUGUUUCAUUGGCAUUGUGAUCGGGGUCAUGGCCUUCAUCCACUACUCCUCCUUUGACGGGUUUGACAAGACAUUUGCAGCCGGCAUCCUCUUCUUCAUCUCCUGCUUCUUUGUGUUGCUGGCGAUGGCUGUCUACACAGGAGUGACAGUGAACUACUACGGUAAACGCUAUGGCAGCUGGCGAUUCUCCUGGUCCUAUAUAAUGGGCUGGGUGGCAGUGGUGCUCACAUUCUUCUCAGGUAUCUUCUACAUGUGUGCCUACCGGAUGCAUGAAUGCCCAAGAAACUCAAACUCACACUAACCUGCCAAACACUUGGACACAUGUUCUCACACCUGUACCAGCACCGGUCCGUAAUAUACGGCCAAGAGGAACCAAUACUCCCAUGAACUUUACAAAAACAUCCUGUGAAUCCAAAUAUUUCUGAAUAAGCAAAAUAAAUGAGAAAACACAUCAA